CCAAUUCUCGAAGAAUUAUAUGCAACAGUAACGAUAAUAAUUACUUAUAUCGCAAUUUCUGUGACAAGUUGCAUUAAAAAAAAAAUUGUAGGCUACUACAAUUGUAAUGACAAAAUCCGAUACAUAGAUUAAUAGGCUAAAUACCCUGGACAUUGUUGCAUGAUUUCCAGUUGUUAUAAGCAUCAUAGAGAUAGGCUGUCAGUUGUUAAUAAACUAUCGGUUUACGCUUACAUUAGUUGAAUCUGAAACGUUAAAGGUUACGAAUUGACUGGGCUAGAGUAGACCUGUGGCAGUUCUUUUCUGUGGCUGUUUCCCCUCAAGCCAGUGCCCAUGCAAUGGAUGCAUUUAUUUGGAGGAAGUGCGCAAGUUAAAAUGUAAACCGAUGUCUUCAAGAAAUGCUUGGCAGCUCGAUCGUUAGCAGCUACGUAAGACAGUUCUUUCCUCUGAUGCAUAUAGUACAGUUCGUUCACUCUCAGUAAGAUGAUAACAUCCCCUGUUAUCCGGCGGGUCACACAUCACCUGUCAGUCAUCAACUGGAAACGUUCACAUUAUGACUGUCUAAUGCCACAAGUAAGACUGUGUCAUUCUUCUGAUCCCUCUAUGGACCUAACAAAUGUCAAUUACCCAGCAUCAACUCUUCAUUCAAAGAGGAAAUACAGAUCCAACAACUCCCCCAAUCAGAUGGCCAUCUCUCAGGUCAAUCACAUUUUAAAAGCCAAUGAAUACAGCUUCAGAGUGAACGGGUACGAUGGACGAUCUGGGGGGUCAGUGACAGGUUUUGACAGCAACAUCCUGGCCUCCAACUCCCCUAGCGAGGACAGGCGGAGUGCUGCCACUUGUCUGCAGAGCAGGGGGAUGCUCUUUGGAGUGUUUGAUGGCCACGCUGGCUCGGCCUGUGCUCAGGCAGUGAGCGAGCGUCUCUUCUACUACAUAGCUGUGUCCCUGCUCCCACUGCAGACUCUCCUGGACAUUGAGGAGGCAGUGGAGAACGACAGGCCGGUCAUGCCCAUGCUUCAGUGGCACAAGCACCCGAACGACUAUGUCAGCACAGAUGCCGGCAAGCUCUACUUCAACAGUCUCCGAACCUUCUGGCAGGAGCGCAUUGACCUGCAGGAGGACACCGAGGACGAGGACAUGCCGACUGCCCUGUCCAAUGCCUUCAAGAGGCUGGACAGUGACAUCUCCCUGGAGGCGCAGGUGCACUUCGGGGACCCUUUCUCCCACUUCACCCCGCUCAGGGUGGCCCUGUCAGGGUGCACGGCCUGUGUGGCCCUUGUGGACGGGGACGACCUGCACAUAGCCAACCUGGGCGACAGCAGGGCCGUUCUGGGAGUCCAGGGGGCGGACGGGAGCUGGUCAGCCUUCACCAUCACCAAUGACCACAACGCCCAGAAUCCCGACGAGAUGCAGCGGGUGCUCUCGGAGCACCCGAACCUGGAGAGGAAGACGGUGGUGAAGCACGACAGGCUGCUGGGCGUCCUUUUGCCCUUCCGCGCCUUCGGGGACAUCAAGUUCAAGUGGAGCAGCGAGCUCCUCAGUCGCAUGGCCGAGGCCCGGCCAGAGGUCCUGUCGGGGAACGAGUUCACCAAAAUGGUCCCGUCCAACUACCACACCCCGCCUUACCUGAGCGCAGAGCCCGAGGUGACGCACCACAAACUGCGGCCACAGGACAAGUUCCUCAUCCUGGCCACAGAUGGCUUGUGGGAGCUGAUGCACAGGCAGACGGUGGUGCAGGUCAUCGGAGAACACCUGUCCAGUCUCCAAUGGCAGAAACCCCUGAGUGCGGUGAGUUUCACACUCGGGCAGAUGCAACGACUUCUCCUGGAGAGGAAGAGCAGGGCACUCUCGGCACUGGAAGAUGAGAAUUCGUCCACACACCUGAUCCGACAUGCUCUGGGCAAUGAUGGCUUUGGCUCCGUGGAACUCAGGCGACUGGCCAAAAUGCUGAGCUUGCCCCAAGACCUGGCACGCAUGUACAGGGAUGACAUCACUAUUAUAGUGAUUCACUUUAAUAACCCAGUCUUGUGAAGUUAAAUAUACUCAAAUACCAGUAAUACUAAGGUUGAAGGUUGUGUACCGAGUAAAGUAGUGUUAAAGUUUUUAAGUGAAUAUUUAUGUAAGUAAAUGUCAAAAGAAAUACCCUGCAACACCCAAUUUUUUUUUUUUGCUGAGCAGUGCUGAGCAGAAGCCAUUGACCUUUGUAAGCGAGUCUUUGAAGAACUAGAUACUGACCACGUGGAAGACCAAGAAAGAAUUGCACAAUCUGUGGCACAGAAGGAGCAGCCUAGUUUAACAUUUUUAAACAGGGUGUUGACCUACCAGAUUCCACAACACAUGGCAUACAGAUUUCAUGACAACGCUUUGUUAAGCUUUAUGAGGCUUUAACUCGUAUGAGACAGUGUUCAGUUAAGUACAAACAGCAAAGUGGAAUUUUUCUUAAGGGCUGCUAUAACACCUCUCAAAAUUGCCCAGAGGCAUUUGAAGUAGAUUAGACCCAUGCCAUUAGAUACCGCUAGCACAUUUGCCGCAAAUGUAAAAAAAAAAAAGUAUAGAGGUUUUAUCCAGGCACUGAACUAUAAAACAAAUCAUGAAAAAAAUAAAACAAGCAACUUUUAUUUCUCAGCAUUUCCCCAGAUCCAGUCAAACUGGGCCUUUUCUUUGUGCCGUUGAAAUGUUAGAUGAGAAGUGAGGUGCUCAAAUUUAAACCAGAUGUGCAGUCAUCCUUUCAUGACCAAACUGAUUUAUGUUGAAAGACCUGUAUUGGUUCAGUGUACUCUCUGUGUUACACUUUUCAAAAGUUGAUCAUUUUGUAUUUGUAUGCAAAAUACUCCUUGCUAUUUUCCUGAAAUGUCCUACUUGUGCAAAAGCAUUAUAAUAAAAAACGUUUUCCAAAA